UCGCGCUUAACACGCUACCUUUGCAUUUUCCUGCUGAUCACCAUAAAAUUAGGUUCGAUUAUUAGCUUCGAUACUAUUUCGUGGACAAAUUUUUUGUAGGAAUGCAUGAGAAAUAUGAGUGAACACGCGUGUGCUCUUAUUACUAAUGGUAAUCAUACGGAUAUCGUUUUAAUAUCAUACAGUAAUCAAACACUGUUAAUUAUAACGCACUUCAAGAAGUUUGGGACAUUAUUGACAAUAAACCGUGACUCAUCUGUGAAUGGUGUAUCUGUGAACGAUGUGCCUCUAAAUAACAACAGCGACGUAUUUACAAUAAAGACACACUUUGGUAAUGAUAACAACGACAUUCACGUGGCUGCCAGAUACAUAGCGCAACAAAUUAAUAUCGAGAAGCCAUUGCUCUUGUCGAUAGCAUUAAAGGAUUACAAUACGGAGACUCUGAGAGCUAUUGUCGCUGCCGUAAAUCAGAUUAAACCGUGGUAGUGUAAAAUUUACCGCUGCAUCAUGAGCUUAAUUUUCGGCCAACUGGUUAUCGGCCCACCUGGCAGUGGGAAGACAACAUACUGCAACGUGAUGUCCAAGUUCUUGGAGUCCAUUGGCAGGAAAGUAGCUGUUAUUAAUAUCGAUCCAGCAAACGAAAACAUGGAGUAUACCCCGGCUGUAGAUAUCUCCGAAUUAAUCAGACACGAAGAAGUCAUGACACACUUUGGUCUUGGACCAAAUGGAGCUUUAGUUUACUGUAUGGAAUUCCUAGAAACCAAUAUACAGUGGCUGAUUGCCAAAAUCUUGAAUUUGAAAGAUCGCUAUUUCAUCUUCGACUGUCCGGGACAGGUUGAAUUAUAUACACAUCACAAGUCUGUGAGCCAGAUAGCGGAAAAAUUGAAUCAAAACUUGGUGAGAUUGUGCAGUGUACAUCUUGUGGAUUCUCAUCAUUGCAGUGAUCCCGGAAAAUAUUUGUCCUCCCUGACCCUUUGCACGACAACAAUGUUACAAAUAGGUUUGCCCCAUGUAAACGUUAUGACUAAGUUCGAUGAAAUGAAAAAGUUCAGCGACUGCCUGGCAUUUAACAUAGAUUUCUACACGGAAGUGCUGGACUUGAACUAUCUUUUGGAGAAAUUGAACGAAGAUCCGUUUACAGCAAAAUACAAGAAGCUGAAUGCGGCGCUGGUAUCAAUAAUUGAAGACUACAGUCUCGUUAGUUUUAUACCGUUGGACGUUUCGAACAAAGCACUGCUGUUGAAAGUGAAGAAUGCCGUGGACAAGGCCAAUGGAUACGUCUUCGGUGGCAACGAGCCGCAAAACGUUCAAACGUUUCUCGCGUGCGCGGUGGGGGCUGUCAGCGAGACCGAGAACAUGUCGACAUUAGAUGCAUACUUAUGAACACUUCCGAUUCUGAUGAAUUUUAACACAACACGGAACUUUAACAAAUAAAUCACCGUUACACAUU